AUGCCCUCCCGUGAAGCCACCGCCUAUUUCGGCGCUGGCCCCGCCCCUCUGCCCACAGCUGUUCUGGAAAAGGCAUCCCAAGUCCUCCUCAACUACAACGACUCUGGAAUUGGAAUCACGGAAAUCUCGCAUCGCUCGGGCGAUGCUGAAAAGAUCCUCGAAAGCACCAAGUCUGCAUUGGCACAACUCCUCGACAUUCCUGCUCAAGAAGGCCCCGAUGGCUACCAGAUCAUUUUCCUGCAGGGUGGUGGUUCUGGCGAAUUCAGUGCUUCCGUUUACCACAUGACCGCCCUCUGGGUUGAGAAGAGAAGACAACAAAUCGUGAAAGAGCUUGGUACAGAAGACGAGACCAAGGUGUUUGAUGCUCUGAGAAAGGCCGUGGAUGACGAGUUCAAGCUCGACUACCUGGUCACUGGAAGUUGGUCAUUGAAGGCCAGUCAAGAGGCCGCCAGACUCAUUGGCGCAAGCCAUGUCAACGUUGCUGUCGACAGUCGCAAGGAGAACAACGGCAAAUUCGGCACCAUUCCCAAGGAGUCAGAAUGGUCUUUGACCCCCAACCCCGCCCACAGCGGUAUGCUCUACUACUGCGACAACGAGACUGUCGAUGGUGUCGAGUUCCCUGCCUUCCCCGAUGUCGACUCCUCCAAGUACCAGGUCAUCGCCGACAUGUCCUCCAACUUCCUCAGCCGCAAGGUUGAUGUCAAGAGAUAUUCCGCCAUCUUCGGUGGUGCACAGAAGAACGUCGGCACCACAGGAAUCACCAUCGCCAUCAUCAAGAACUCUCUCCUCACUCAACUCGCCAAGCCCGAUCUGCUGCGCAAGUUGAACCUUCCUGUUGGCCCCGUCGUCCUGGAUUGGCCCACAAUCGCAAAGAACAACUCCCUCUACAACACCCUUCCCAUCUUCGACGUCUGGAUCGCUGGCCAAGUAAUGCAGUCCCUGAUCACCAAGGCUUCCACAGAUGGCCCCAAGAUCGCCACUCAACAAGCAGAGUCAGAAAAGAAGGCUUCAUUGCUUUACGGCAUCCUUGACAAAUACCCCGUCUUCCACGUCGUGCCCGACAAGUCCGUUCGCAGCAAGAUGAACAUCUGCUUCCGCAUCGGUAGCGAGCAAGACAGAGAUGACAAGGAGAAGAAGUUCCUCGCUGGUGCAAACGAGAGACUACUCCUCGGAUGCAAGGGUCACCGUAGCGUUGGUGGUUGCAGAAUCAGCAACUACAACGCCGUCAGCGUGGAGAAGGUCGAGAAGCUCGCACAGUGGCUCGAAGAGUUCGCUCAGCAGCAAUAGAAGAAUUCGUUCUGAUCAAGAUACUUGGAAAAGUUUUACGUUUAUAGAGGAAAUG